UCCACCCUGGAGGGGAGAGCAACAUGGCAGCAGCCAAGCCCAAGAACCUGUCUCUGGUGGUUCAUGGACGCGGAGACCUGCGCCUGGAGAACUACCCUAUUCCUGAACCAGGUCCAAAUAAGGUGCUGCUGAAGAUGCAUUCCUUUGGAAUCUGCGGCUCAGAUGUCCACUAUUGGCAGCAUGGUCGAAUUGGGGAUUUUAUUGUGAAAAAGCCAAUGGUUCUGGGUCAUGAAGCUUCAGGAAGAGUCGUAAAAGUGGGGUCAUUGAUAAAGCACCUACAACAAGGCGAUCGUGUUGCCAUCGAGCCUGGCGCUCCCCGAGAAACCGAUGAAUUCUGCAAGAUUGGCCGAUGGUCACCAACCAUCUUCUUCUGUGCCAUGCCCCCCGAUGAUGGGAACCUCUGCCGGUUCUAUAAGCACAAUGCCAACUUCUGCUACAAGCUUCCUGACAAUGUCACCUUUGAGGAAGGGGCCCUGAUUGAGCCACUGUCUGUGGGGAUCCAUACCUGCCGACGAGCUGGAAUCACCCUGGGGAACAAGGUCUUUGUGUGUGGAGCUGGGCCAAUUGGAUUGGUCAAUUUGCUGGUGGCCAAGGCAAUGGGUGCAGCUCAAGUGGUGGUGACUGAUCUGUCUGCCUCUCGGUUGUCUAAAGCCAAGGAAGUUGGGGCUGACUUUGUCCUCCAGAUCACCAAGGAGAGCCCCCAAGAAAUCGCCAGUAAAGUGGAAGGUCUCCUGGAGUGCAAGCCAGAAGUCACCAUCGAGUGCACUGGGGCAGAGGCCGCCAUCCAGGCGGGCAUCUAUGCCACUUGUCCUGGUGGGACCGUGAUGCUUGUGGGACUGGGUUCCGAGAUGGUCAAUGUGCCCCUAGUGCAUGCAGCCAUCCAAGAAGUGGAUAUCAAGGGCAUGUUUCGAUACUGCAACACAUAGCCGAUGGCGAUUUCAAUGCUUGCAUCCAAGUCUAUGAAUGUGAAGUCUUUAGUGACCCAUAGGUUUCCUCUGGAGAAAGCGCUGGAGGCCUUUGAAAUAUCCAAAAAGGGUCUGGGGUUGAAAGUCAUGAUCAAGUGCGACCUCAAUGACCAGAAUCCCUGAUGUUAAUUGGUCUCUGCCCUCAUUCCCACCCUCUCAGCAUCUCAGGGCUAAAUGGCUAGGCAAGGGUGGGCUUUAAGGCAGAAGUUUCUUUUAAGUAGUAAGGGUGAUUAAAAUAAUUCAUUAUAAACAGAGAGCCUUACACAGAGCAACUGGUAUGCCUUAAACACACAAACAGGGAUAGUUUGGAGAAACUUAUAGUCAGAAUGACCUGUUUCUGCUGAGUCAAGUGAGGGAAGAAAUCUGUCCUUUGAAUUCCUGCUUCCAUUGUGACUGGUCAGGUGGGGGCUAGGGGGGCUGAGUUAUGAAAAGACAACUUUAUCGAGACGUAACUGGUCCAGAAGCUGAUUUUCAGGAAAAUCUGCACCUCAGGACCUGGGAUGAGGGGCUGUCAGCAGUUUUAGUUGAGAGCACAGUGUUUUUAGACAUAGGUGCUAUUUGGUUUGCUGACAAAAGGAGAAUAAGGAACUGACCUUCUGGGUCUAGGGUAAUUAUAAAACCAAAAUUCCACAUGAGGUCAAACCAACUUUUGUAUUCCUCAAAUGUAGAAAUAGUCAGGGAACAUCUCAACACUGAAGUCUGCCUCAUUUUCAACACCUGAGGAUUGUGCUUGCAAGGUGAAUAGCCACCUUCCUAACCCCACCCACACUCCCAGCCACUGCAGGCUUCUUUGUCACAGGCAACCAGGAGAUGCCUGCCCAAGGAGAGUCAC